UGAGUGUGUGGCCAAUAAGUAUCUCCCACACCAAAUGACAACACAUACGUCAUUGAGUUGUUCAGUGAGAAUGGUAGGUAUACACAUACACACACACUAAGUUAGGUACGUAGGCAUCAAAAUCAGGAUUGUAAGGCAAAGGUAAGACCCAAGUAUCAGGAAGUCUCUAAUGAAUAAGUGAAGUGCCAAAUUAUUCCGUUAUUUUCUUUUCUAUCUCGGCUUCUACUACUAGCAGUAAAUGAGUAAGCUGGGUGUUGAAAAUAUCACUGGUAUUGUUCUAAGUACAACUCUCUUGCUAUAUCAGAUACAUACAUAUUAGAUAUACUGCUUGCUAAGUAUCUACUGUCUAGAUUCUGUUGCUUUACAAGAGAACAAGAAACUUAAGAAACUUACCAAGAUGGAUCUUCUUCUUUCCCUUCCCCUCGCCUCUUACUUCGCUGGGCCGAUGUUUACUUCAUGGUCCGGCUCUCUAAACUUAUUGUUCUUUUACAUGACCUGGACCACGCUCGUCCUGUCACACUCACCCCUGAGGAUCGAACUAGUCGGGACUCUCGCAGUGCGCAUAGUAUUUUGGCUAUUACCUUCCCUCCUCUUCUUAUUAUUCGACACACUACUCCCAAGCCUCGCGGAAUCGAUCAAGCUCUAUGGUUCCGUAUCUCUACCUCGGCGAAAUGCCGCCGCCCUGGUCAGGCAGGUUCUCCUCGCCAUUUUCAACCUGGCGCUCAGCACCGCUGUACAAGCCGGCAUCUCGGUCGGCGUCGGGACUUUCCUACAUCGCCCGCUCUUCAAGACGAGUACGGCGCUGCCACUCCCUUGGAAUAUCGCCAGGAAUUUGUUGACGCUGUAUAUCGCGCGCGAAUUCCUAACGUAUUAUAUCCACCGAUAUAUCCUCCACACACGCGGGAGAGUAGCCAAGCUACAUAGCUCAUAUGCGCACGCUCGCAAGAGGGGUGCACCGUACGCGCUGAUGUUGUACGCCGAUCAUCCGCUAACCCUCCUCCUGAAUCGUACCCUACCUGUAUAUCUACCCGCCAUCAUCGUUCGGCCGCAUCUACUCACCUACUUCCUAUUCACGAUCCUGACGACGCUGGAGGAGACAAUGUCUAUGUCGGGCUACACCCUCAUCCCGGGGAUCAUAAUGGGCGGCAUCGCCCGACGUACUGCCACGCACUAUGCCAGCGGAGGUCGCGGGAAUUACGGUGCCUGGGGACUCUUGGACUGGGUUAGCGGUACCAGCGUAGGCAAGGACAUGGCCGAGGAUAUUCAAGAUGAGGCCGAUAAGCACCAGGUUAAGGAGCGGGGGCAGAAGGCCGUAAGUGAUACGGGCAGUAUAAUGCAAGAGGGCAUUGACGGGUUGAGAAAGGGCCGCAAAAGUCGAAAGAGGAAUGAUUACUAAAGGUACCUAAUCAUACCAUUUUUUUUCUUAUUCCUUUUUUUGGAGCACACGAAAACAUACAGAGAAGAUAUUAUUCAUUGGGCACAUAAGUAGUAGGUAGGUAAAGAAGAUAUCCGGGUCUUUCUUGGGAACAGCUUGUCUGGGGUCAGGCGCAGGGGCGUGUGGUAUCAAAAGGGGGUAGUUUUGGGUGAUGAGGGUAUCAAUGAAUAAAUGGACGGUGUUCAUGAUUUUAUGAAUAUAUGAUGCACAUGAGGAAAGAAUACUUGGAAAGUAUUUCAGUGAUCCCAUUUACCUCUUUUUUAGAGUUCAUUCUCUACAUCAUCGCAUAAAACAGUGCAUAUUCCAUAUUCCAUUC